AUGUUUCGAAACGCUACCCCGGAAAAGGCAAUAUCAUUUGUAGAAUCUACCGUGGCACUGUGCUGUUGUUGGCCACUUCCACCGACAGCUAGCAAAUCUCGGAUACUUCGUUUCAAAGUUUUGAGAUUCGUGCUGUUCUUCAACUCGUUUUUACUCUUGGUUCCCUUGUUAUACGCAAUAUACGUGUACCGUGAGGAUUCAGUGAUGUUUUGCAAGGCAGUCUCUUUGGCACUUGCUGUUGUACAGAUACCUUUGCAUUCUUCCUUUUGUUUCAGUCAAUACGAUCGAUAUAAGGUAAGCUCCAUCCUUAACACUCGAGACAGACGAGCGGCAAAUUUACAUCGCCUGUAAGUUCGCGUCCAACUUCCUCUUGUAAUUCAUGCGAAUCGUUUGCGUUAAUUUGCCAUCCCGUUGCGCCCGAAUUACAACAAAUUAUAAAAACCGCUUCUCUGGUUUUCAUCCAUACAGGAAUAACAUGUGCAAACAGGCAGGAGAUGAGUCACGUUCACAAAGGGAAAUAUAAAAAAAACAUUGUUAAGUUGUUUUAUACAACGGCUUGAAUUGAAAUUCAUACAGAAUGCGAAGAAUACUUAUACAAUCAAAAUUUAAUAAAAUAUAGAAUGAUACAGAUAACACUAACGGAGUUUCUGCACGAGGAUACACGCGAUUCUUUAAUACUGGUUCUGCUGAAAAGUUCAUCAAUUCUAUCGAGAAUUUUAUUUAUUCCUGUUCUCGUUCGCGUUUUGAUUUGUUCUUGUUCUGACUGACUGAUUCUUUCGAUUCUGCCGAAACGAUUCUACGACCUGCCAGCCUGUUCUUAUUAAAAUAUAAUUGGCUUGAUUUGAAGGCCUAGCCGUUUUGGUCGCUUGCUGGAGGUCAUCCGAAAAAGGCAAUAAAUGACAUCAAUGAAACAAUUGAAAUUAAUCAACAAUAAAUAAACGUGCUUGCGAAUCGGUGAUCGCCGCGAUACUUCUGAGUCCUGGAUCCGUGAACAUUAGAUAAAAACGUGUAAAAAGACGUUCAAUGGAACCAAGAUCCAUAGAUGUGGGUGUCUUUCAUUUCUUGCAAUAACAUAUAGAGUAAAAUUUGUUGAUUUCAGGCUUCGUUUUCGAGAAAUCAACUUUGGACAUUUAUCAACUAGCCUUGAACAGGAGCAAUUGUCUUACGUGCAAAAAUAAAUAAAAUAUGUAGAAUAAAAAUUUUUCCUUUAGAGCUUCAUUUUCAAGAAAAAAAAAAAGGAAAAAAAUAGAAUACAUCUUGAAUACAUACUAAAAUUCGCCUUGGUAUCUAUGUACUUGAUAAAUUUUCAAAGUCGAAGCACCUUACACCAAAAUUUUAUUCCACAUUCUUUACUUACUUUGCACGUAAAAUAAUGUUAAUAACUGUUAAUUAUUCUAUGCCGCCACGUGUAAAAUUAACAAACUUCGAGUCUGCUCGAUAAAUCUCCUCGAAAACGAAGUCACAGAUCAACAAAUCUUUUUUUUUUUUUAUUCUUUUCUGAGAAAUCAUUCCCUGCUCGCUUGUACAUGUUAUUCGAACACAUUCCGUAUAAAAUAUGUAACGUUUCAUUCGCGAACAACCAAUACGUUUUGAUAGGUAGAUACUUAUCGCCUAAUCGCCGCUAAAAUUUGUUUCCUGCGUGAAGUACUUCGUACAAAUUAA